AUGGCCGCCGAGUUUCCCAGGCUGCCUUUCCUCCUCUCCGUCGAAGAUGUCGUCAAGGCAGUGGAGACGGACCUGGACAGGGGCCUGACCUCUGCGCAAGUUGCGCAGCUCCAGCAAAAAUACCCCAAGAAUGAGCUUGACGUGGGCGGUGCCAUUCCUUGGUACAAGAUCUUCAUCAAGCAGCUUGUCAAUGCCAUGGUCCUGGUCCUCUUCUUUGCCCUCAUUCUGAGUUUCGUGAUCAGAGAUUGGAUUGAAGGCGGCGUCUUGGCUGCAGUCAUCAUAGUCAACGUCUCGAUCGGCUUCUACCAGGAAUAUGGCGCCGAGAAGAAGAUGGAUGCGCUCAAGAUGCUCUCCGCCCCUAGCGCGAACGUCCUCCGCGACGGCAAGACCCAGGUCAUUCCCAAUGCCGAGGUCGUCCCUGGUGACAUUGUCAUCCUCAAGAUGGGCGACACGAUCCCUGCCGACAUCCGCAUGUUCGAAGCCAUGAACUUUGCCGCCGACGAGCAGUCUCUGACGGGCGAGUCAAUCCCCGUGGACAAGCAGACCGAGAUUCUCGACAACGAAGAGCUCGGCAUUGGCGACCGCAUCAACGUGGCAUACGGCACCACAACCGUCCGCAAGGGCCGCGGCCGUGGCAUUGUCAUCGCCACGGGCAUGCAGACCGAGGUCGGCAAGAUUGCGGCCUCGACUCAGAAGAAGACGCGCAAGCCUGGCCGGUCCAUGAACUACAAGAAGUACGGCAAGCGUGCGCCCCUUGUAGGCGGCACAAGGCGGGCGUACGACUUCAUUGGCAAGUUCCUCGGCCUGACUGAAGGCACGCCGCUGCAGCGCAAGCUGUCCAAGCUGGCCUACACGUUGUUUGGCUGCGCGCUGAUCCUGGCCGUCAUUGUCUUCUCCGUCAACAAGUUCUACAUCCCCCACGAGGUCGUCAUCUAUGCCAUCAGCACCGGCAUCGCCAUCAUCCCCGAGUCGCUUGUUGCUGUUCUCACCAUUACCAUGGUUGUUGCCGUGACCGUCAUGCGCAAGUCCAAUGUCGUGGUUCGCGACCUGUCGGCUCUCGAGGCACUCGGCGGUGUCACCAACAUCUGCUCCGACAAGACCGGCACACUCACGCAAGGCGCCAUGAUUGUGCGCAAGGUCUGGGUGCCGUCCAACGUCAUCUACACAGUUGUCGACUCGAAGCACCCCAGCAACCCAACCGCGGGGCGUGUAACUGUUUCCGAGAACACGCCCGAGCCAUCAGCCAGUGAUGAGGAGCCCGCGCAGACACGCGACUUUGACCAGGAGCGCAGCGCUGCCGCACUCAAGUUUGACGUGCCCGACGAGAAGCUCAACCCGGCGAAGCCCGAGCCCCCGAAGAACCACGAGAACGACCCGGAGGCCACUCUGAACCCGGAGCUCAGCGACUUCCUCCUGUCCGCGGCACUCUGCAACCUCGCCACUGUCCGCCACGAGGCCGACGCUCCUCCCGAUCAGCCCCAAUGGAAAGUCACGGGCGAGCCGACCGAGAUUGCGCUGCAGGUCUUUACCCACCGCUUCGAGCGCGGCAAGAAGGUGGUCGAGGGCGAAGGAUGGAAGCAGGUCGCCGAGUUCCCCUUUGACAGCAGCAUCAAGCGCAUGUCGGUCAUCUACAACGGGCCGGAGCUCGAGCACAGUAUGGUCUUCACCAAGGGCGCCGUCGAGCGCGUGCUGGAUCUCUGCACAACAGUCGGCACUGGUGAGCACGCCCAGCCCAUGACGGACGAGUACAAGCAGCGCAUCCUCGACCAGAUGGACGUCUUUGCCCGCCAGGGCCAGCGCGUGCUCGCCAUCGCCUCGCGCAAGUGGGACGGCAUCUGGAACGAGGUUUCCGGCAACGACUCCAAGGCCGAGGAGGAACUACGUGCCCGUGUCGAGCAGGACCUCACCCUUCUCGGUCUCGCGGGCAUCUACGACCCUCCUCGCAAAGAGACUACGCCAGCCAUCGCAGAAUGCUCGAGCGCCGGCAUCCGGGUGCACAUGCUUACUGGCGACCACCCGGCCACCGCUGAAGCCAUCGCCAAGGAAGUCGGCAUCAUCCCGCACAACAUGGGUAUCCUGAGUCAGGAGGUUGCGAAGGCCCUCGUCAUGAAGGCUGCGGAUUUCGACAAGCUAACCGACGCUGAGAUUGAUGCGCUGCCCGAACUCCCGCUAGUCCUGGCGCGCUGUGCUCCCGACACAAAGACACGCAUGAUCGAGGCGCUCCGCCGCCGCGACGCCUUCAUGGCCAUGACUGGCGAUGGUGUCAACGACGCCCCCUCCUUGUCCCGUGCAGACGUUGGCAUUGCCAUGGGGUCGGGUUCUGAUGUGGCCAAGUCGGCGUCCAAGAUUGUGCUGACAGACGACAAGUUCAACUCGAUUGUGGCCGCCAUCCGUGAAGGGCGCAGAAUGUUUGACAACAUCCAGAAGUUCAUCCUGCACCUGCUCACCUCCAACGUGGGCGAGGUGAUCCUUCUCAUCUGCGGCCUGGCGUUCAAGGACCAGGACGAUCUCUCCGUGUUCCCCAUCUCCCCCUUGCAAAUCCUCUGGAUCAACCUCGUCACCUCGUCCUUCCCAGCCUUUGGUCUCGGCAAGGAAAAGGCCGCGGCGUACGUGAUGCGCAAGCCCCCGCAGGACAAGAAGCGCGGCGUCUUCACGAACCAGGUCCUCAUCGACAUGCUCGUGUACGGCACCAUCAUGGGCGUGCUGACGCUCAUGACGUUUGUGAUUGUCGUCUACGGGGUCAACGGCGGGGAGCUGGGCCAGAACUGCAACAUCGGGUGGCACGAGUCGGGCGUGUGCGAGCCCGUGUUCCGCGCCCGCGCGGCCGUCUUCGCGCUGCUCACCUGGACCAUCCUCGUGUCGGCCUGGGAGUUCAAGGACAUCCGCCGCUCGCUGUUCCGGCUGAACCCGGACGACGAGUCCAGAUUCCCCGUCUUCAAGGACGUGUACGACAACCGCUUCCUCUUCUGGGCCGUCGUGAUUGGCUUCCUCAGCGUGUUCCCCGUCGUGUCGAUUCCCGGCCUCAACAGGACCGUCUUCAAGCACGAGACCAUCACCUGGGAGUGGGCUCUCGCUUUCGGCGGCCUGGUCGUGUUCGUGCUGGGCAUGGAGGGGUGGAAGGCGAUCAAGCGCAGCUUCCGCCUGUUCGAGGACAAGCCUGUCAGCCGCGGCGCCUUCUCACAGGGCAGUGACGAGGGAGGUCGUCGGUUCGGUCGCACGAUGAGCUUCAGCUCCCUCAAGAGCUGGAGGACGCUGACGAGGAGGGACACGAGCAUGAGCAGGGCCAGUUCGAGGGAGAAGGGUGAGGGGCGGAAGUAA